GGGGCUCAGGGCGUGCGCGGGAGCCGCCAUUUUGUGGGAUCGUUCCAGGGUUCUUGGCGAAGUUAACUGUGCUCCGCCGGCCUUUUUUUUGCCUUCUUUAUAGGCCCUUGAGGGGUCUUUGUGUUGCACAGGGGCUAGUGAGGUAUAGGGACCUUAUUGUGUGUGGGCUGAGGUAGGCUGAGGGUCAGAAGAUGUAUCUGUAGUAGGAAAGUGGGAAUUAAGAGGACUUGUAUGGAUAGGGAGGAUUGAAGUACUUUUACAUAGCUCAGGGAGCAGUUUAGGCUCUCCAAACUUGUGGCUUGUAAGGAAUUUUGUGAUACUUUGCAUCAGUAUUUUAGAACUAGUGUGACAGUAGAUAGAGCAGCGGGUGAGCCAGGCUUAAGGGCUCCUCUUUUUUUUUAGUUUUGUGAGUGGUGUCUUGAAUGUAAUGGUAGCAGGAGUCAACUGACCUAAAAUCCAUUGAGUUUACAACACGGCAGUGCCCUUUUUGAAGUUGAUACUGCUGUAAAUCAAAGCACUUUAUAAAGGUCCAGGCCCUUGCACCUCUGGUAAAAGGCACUUGUAGUUUAGGACUAAGGUAACCACCAGUAGAGUGACUCCAGAGCAGAGCUUUUUCUCUUCAUAAGCUCUCCUGACCUUCAGCGAUUUAAGAGAUUUGCUUAUCUGUAGUUUAUGGUGUUCAGUGCUAAGAUGCUUGAUUAUAUGCAAGUGUUCCUGUUCCUUAUCUGGCAGUAAACUUUUUCAACCUUAUCAUUUUAUUUAUUCCUUUCAAGUAGGCCGUUCAUUUUUGAUGUGGCGACAGACCUUAUAGACUUUGUUCUUGUGAACUGCAGUGCUUAAGUCCAUGUGGAUUGUCUCCUAAGUGCAAAGACCUUUAGUAAAAAGUUAAAACAGAUGCUUAGUCUUUAUAGCAGAUAAGGGGUAACAUCCUUGUCUUUCUGCUUUAUCGACUGAUGCAUUUUUGCCUCAUUCUUAGCUGUUUAUAAUGUCUGCAGAUCCUCUUGCUAUUCUGGUGCAGGUGAAAAAGUAGGCUGCCAGAGAUUUGAAGUUUGGGGGAAAUGUGGAGUCCCUGGUGUCUUUUUUGGGUUGAGAAUGGAGUCAUCCAAGUGCUGGGAAUUUGACUUCUCUCCUUCUCUCCCUGCUGCUGCUAAUUCCUCCUACAUCAAAGCCACUGCCAGCAUUGUGUGAGGAACCGCCCAUGCUUUUUGGGUGUGAAUCCUACAUUUGUUUCACUCUCUGGCCUCUCAGUGUUGGCCUUGUGGAAGGGAACCUGUAUAUAAAGAUGUAUAUAAACUGCAACCUUCAGGAAGAGGUGUGCUUGCAAGGGCUCUGCUCUCUGAAGGAGAGAGCUGAUUUUAGCCUGACAUGAAACUGUUGUUAUUUCAUACCCCAUUCUGAUUUCCUGCUGCUGUGCUAACAAAUGCAAUGAGAAAUUGUUACAGGAUUGUCUUGUUGAAAGCAAUUGACCCUGUCAGUUUAUCAGUACCCAGCAGUGAGUGCAAGAUCCUGUUCUUUGACCCUUCUCUCAGCUAUCUUGCCAUAUGCUCAUCAGUUGCAAUUUGAAAGAGCACGAAAUGGGUAAUUAAUGCACCAUUCAGAGGUGACAGAGCCACAGUAGAAAGACUGCUGUUGCUCUUGAAACGGAUGCAGAACACUUCCUCAUCUUUCUUUCCUGCCUCUACUAUCCAACCAACAGCCUGUUACAGGCUGCUGUGGGAUGGCAUUUUACUUUUUUGGGCUCAAAACACAGCAAUGUGUAUUGUCUCUUCAUUAACUGCCUGGGGAAGGACUGAUAGGGUGAGUGGUCCUGGCUUGUUCUGUGCUGCUUGUGAGGCUGGGAUUAGGAUGCCACAAGAGGCACCAGGAGGAUAGUGGGUAUCAGAAGCUGCUUUUGAAGAAGGGGUGUGCGAGGAGUCCCCUGCUAUAUACCUGCUGCAGAACUACACUCAGGUACCAGCUAGACAGAAAUCGUGACUUUGGAUGAGUUUCAUAAGGAGUCAUAAAAGCAAGAUGUAGCUCUUUUUAAUCAAGAGAAUUUAGAGCGUUGGGUUUAGUGAUAUCAGAGUAAGAAACAAUACUUUUCUUUUCUUGUGUAAGAGGAAAGGGAACACUGUUUUUUGGAGAAUCGUAGUUAUUACCGUGAUAAUUUCUUGUAGCUAGAAGUCAGCAUCUGGUAGCACAGCAGGAGGAAAUCGGAAUAGGGCAUGGAAUAAUGACAGUUCCAAAAAUAUGGGUACUGAGUCUCUACCACAUCACAAUAGGACUUGCAUUUGAGGUUGCUGAGAAUAGAAGCUAUUGGUUUUAGCUGAGCAGGUUAGUGGGUUCCAUCUCUAGAGGGCCCUUCCAACCCCUACGAUUCUGUGGUUUAGGGCUAUUACUGUGCUGAACUGGAACCACUGGUGUGCCAGUGGCUUGGUGUACUCAUCUUCUAUCCCAAGUCUGUAGCUGGUGGCAGGGCUGGGCUGGUCCCGUCAGGUUGAGACCUGAUUCUUCCUCCCCACCUGGAGUGGCUUUCCCAAGUAAAUUUCCCAAUACAGACUGUCCUGUUUGGAUGUGAACAAUGCAGGGCACGCUGAAGGUCUCAAUAUCUUAGCCAUCUGACUGGAAGUGUGCACAGUCUCCUUCCUGCAGGAAUGUGGGUCCCAGCCGGAAUGCCUACAUAAGCCUUGUUUAACAGGAAGAGGCUUUGUGAUCUGCUGUAGCAGGAAACAGACAGUGCUGACCUCAAAGCGUGUUAGUCAUCUGAUGCUGUGAAGGUUGGUGUUGCCUGGGAAGACUGUCCUGUUUCUUGAAGGUGUCAGUGGCAAAGAUCAAGUGUGGGGGAUUCAGGCAGUGUUGCUGAUGCAAGUGCAGGGACGUGGUGUGCAAAGGUAUUGCAGACCUUGAGCAUAGUGCAUCCAGUUGUCUGGGCUUACAGCUGAGACUCUGAAUGCGGCUGUGACCCUCCAAUCAAUACAGAAUGUUCAGAAGGUGUUAAGGUGGCACUGAAUAGUGGCAGAGUGCUUUGUGUUGUCAUUCUCCACUUCCUGAAUUUCUGCCUUGGUGUAAUCCCAGCAGAUGGUUAUCCAUUCUUUGCUGGCUUACCUGGUAACUAUUGUCCUGCGUGCAUUCUUUAGGCCUAUAGAGAUAAAGGCUGGUUUUGGCAUGGGCAAACUCAGAUCUGCUUUCCUCUCUAAAGCUGUUGUAUCAAUAUUGAAAAGAUCUGACUAGCAUAAAUUUCCUUAGUAUUUCAAGUGAGGCCUCGGAGAAGGGGGUUUUUCAGACACUAAUGUGGUCUGCACAGAAGUUAGAGAUUGUGCAGAAGAUGUUUCGUUAACCAUUUUGGUGUCCAUUGGCUUUGUGCAGAGCAAUUUCCUGUAGCUGAGAGGUGUCUAGGCUGCCAGGGACUGAGAAUUUGAGGCUGACACCAAGUAUCUUAUCUCACCCUUGUUGGGAAAGGUAGUAGACUAAACUGCUGAGUGAUGAACCAGAAAGAAGAGUAAAAGGAGUCUGGGAAUCCAUGAGUGGGACUGCAUGGGACUGUGGGGAUCCAGUGCAGCUCUCUGUAGGCUGGUAUCUGUUGAUGACAGAUGGCAAUGUCAAUACAAGUGUAUGUUGUUCAGUAGAUCUGGUGGCUUCUCAUGAGAUGAUGGAACAGAGGUCUCUGGUUCUGGGGCUGUCUGUAGUCUUUAGAAUUGAAUCCAAAUUCAAGAGAUUGAAAUGCUAGAGUUGGCCACAGUCCACUUCAUUUCUGUAAUAGCUGAAAGCAGUUCUUGUUAAUUGGCCUGAUUUUAACUGAAUCAUAAUAAUUUAGGUUGCAAAGGACAUCAGGAGGGCAUCUAGUAUAGCCACAUGCUCACAGUGCAAAUAAGUGCACUUUUACAGCCCCAAGAUGAACCAAAAAUCCAUUUCAGACUGAGCAAAUGGAAUCAGUUUCCUUCAGCCUGCAGUAUGACAGCACUGAGCUGCAUGCAAUCUGUAUUUAUAGUGGGGAAGAUUUAGUUAGUCUUAAGAGUGGGUGUUAUUAUUAUGAGAGAUGUUAGAACGCUCGUCUAGCUGUUAGCUCUGGGACGUUGAACCAGACUUGGUUCUGUUCCCUGCGGUGUGGACGAGAUUAUUAAUCACCACACUCACAGUGCUGAAGAUACGCUCGCGUGACUCAAAUGGCACUACAGCUGGAGCUUGGCAAGGGGUAAGUCGUCCGGGCGUGGUGUGAGCAGAGCAUCGCAGCACUCCGACUGCAUCUCUGGUGCACAAAAGGGACUUUGCAUUCAGUUAACAGGGCCAAGGCUUAGAAAAUGCCAUCUUUCAUAUGUAAAUGAAUUGUACUUUAUCCAAAAAAAAAAGUGUUCUGCUCCUUAUGAAAACACUUCUUAAGGGAGGAUUUCAUUUUAACCUCAAAGCAACUGAAACAGAUGGGUAGGCUCUUCCUGUAGAAGACGUAUUAAUAGAGGAAUAACACAGGGUGGAUUUAUCUCCUGGACAUAUUUCCUUUUCUACUGCUGCUUUCCCCCCGCGUUUGGGCUCUUAGUAUCUCUGUGGCAAUUCUGAAAGAUCUAGAAAUAAUAAUAAUCUAUCCAGCCAUAUGUUUGUCCUGCUUUUAAAAGUGCUUUUAAUCUGCAGUUGUGCUGAAUAGCCUGCUCCUUGGUUUGUAUUUGCAGCAGGGUCUGUGACCUGUUCUAUCCUUCUGCUCCUUGCAGGUUCUUUCUGCACACAUCUAACAGGUGUGCACGGCCUUGUCACUUGGCGUGGUAUUCACCUCAGUGUGUUGGUGUCUGGAACCUUCUUCUUUCUUUUGAGAAGUCAUCCUAGUUUCCCUUUAUAGUUAGAGAAGCACAGAAUGCAGUUCAGCUGAUCAGAUGAAGACAUGCUGGAGUAGGUCAACCUGUGCUCUAAAUGCCUUUGCUUAGGUCUGCAGUGAUUGUGGAAGAAGGGAUACAGGGUGGUUUUCUUGUAUGCGGAGGUUUGUGUAGCAAAUCCUUGCGCAUGCUGAUGGCUGUGGCUCUGUUCACCUCUAGCCAGGCUGCUCGGUUCCCAUGCUCUCCUCACAGUAAAUACACUGCCUCAGCCUCUGUUGUCUUCAGCCAUGCAGUGGUCAUUGCCAGCAGGGGCCAUUAACUCACCCUUCAUAACCACAGCUCUGCAGUACACACAGAGGUAGUCAGCAGCACAUGACUACUGAGUUCCUUGAAUCAGCGAACGCUGCUUGGACUACAGCAUCCCAAUGGAGUCACACUGAGGUUUUCUCUGUCAGUACUGUCUUUCAAAUCUGCUUUCUAACAGCACACUGAAUGGUGUAAGCGGAGAACAGAGUUCUAGCUGGCAAUCUGUCAUCAACAGCAUCCUGCUCUUAAGCUGGGCUGAUGGUCGCCUCUUUAAAUAUGCCUGCAUUUCCCCCAAGAACGUGAAAUUCUGGGAUGUGAAUGCAGGUCAGUGGAUGAACUCUUGACCAAAGCAUUUAACAUUUGAGUGUAGCUUUAGGAAGCGCUGUCCUUCUGGAGGAAAAAAUCGCUAUUGAGAGAACUAAGAAAGGAUGUGGAUAUGGUAUUGAUGUCUCUCUUCAGGCUGUGUUUUUGAGGUAUCAUUUGCAGGCAGGUUUCCAUUCGAACAGAAACAAAGACUCAAUAGCAAGAAGCUUCAUCUCCUAAGGAAAUCCUUCUUAAAAUAUUCUGGUUAAGGAAGCAGGAUGCCUCUUCUGUGAACUCUUAAAACUUACUUCUCUAGCUGAAGGGCUGAUUUUUUUCAAGAGCUAUUGACAGGUGUGGAAUAAUGGCAAUUACAUUCUCUGUAAUAAAAUACAUUGUCAGUGCCAGACAGCAGAAGAACUCCAUGAGGGAACUGCAGUCUCUUGAUUACCAGUGAAAACUGAAAUCAUCGUUGUGGCUGUCAAUAGCCACAUGUGGCUGAUCAGUCUACUUAUUUGAUCUAUAAAGAACUUGAAAGCUUAGAUCCCGUUUUUGCUAUGAUUUGCGUUUCAGAGCUGAAAUCUUAAAAAGUGAGUUAACUGUGAGCAUGUAUCCAUUGAUGCUUGGAAAACAUGGCUUGGAUUGCUUAAAGGAGAGAGAAAUUUGAUGGAAUUUUUCAGAAAAGUAAAGACAUACCCUUACAGAUAUAUGACCAAAACUGAUGGGCUUUGUAGGCCUGUGUACGUUCCUGCAUUUUCAAAGAAACACACAAAGCCUGAUGUGAAGUGGAAGUUGGAGCAGCAAUUUGUUAAAUUAUAGCAAAGUAGACCAUCUGACCUGUUGAAAUACUUUAUUGCAGAGUAAGUUAAUAUAAGAACUUCAUGCUCAAGUAGAUAAUAAAAUAUUAAAAGUAGAAAGCCUUCCUUUUUUUUUUUUUCCAUCUGCCUUGGCCUCUUCUGCAGAAACAUUGCUGUAAUUUAUCUUGGGAAGUUCCCAUUACAAAGAAUUGGCUAGCUUAGGGAUGAGGGUGGAGUAGGUGAGAUUCAAAUUCUGUGUCUCAAAUUAAAAUGAAAAAAGAUAUCAUGAAACUUUCCCUAAGAAAAAAAAUUUAAAAAACAAACAAAAAAGAUAAAGCAACAUCUUUUCUAAGAACUACUAUCAGACUCUUAAUUUGAUAUAGCAAGAAAAUGAUAAGUUUUUGAUCAAAACCACGUAUCAGAGCAGCAGUGAUGAGCCGUGGCAUGUGUUCAUUUUACACUAAGUGCUAACCUGGAGGAGGAAGGAAAUGAAGGCUGACUCAGGACUGGUAUCUUCCUGUUGGUCAGCACUGAGCAGGCUGAUAGAAAAAUGCAGGCAAACGGAGCUUGGGCAUAGGAAGCCAACUUUUAUAGCGCAUCCAUAGGAAGCGUCUCCACUACAGCCUUUCACCACGCAGCAGAGAGACUGAAGAUGUAGGCAGCUGGCAAAUGUGAAAGCGAUGAAGGGGUGUUGUGAGGCUGACAGUGCUUUUUAUAGAGCGUGUGUUUUCUGGGAAGGACGUAAGAAGGGAGAUAAACAAGUGAUGACUGUGGCAAGCUGAGAAAUAGCUGCAGCAGACCAAGAUGUGCCAAGGAGAAGAUCCCUGCAAAAAGGACCACAUUUGGGUUGAACAGGACCACACAACCUGGUGUUUUGGAAAAUACGACCCUGGAAGCUGAAAUAUAUAUCUUAACUCUGGGAUCAACUGCCUUCAGAAUUUGAGUGCUCCAGAAUUUGAGAACUUGGGCGACCAGCAUUGCUCAGAUAAGCUGAGAGCACCUUAACAUCUGACUGGAAAGUAAUGGUCUUCAGCCUCCAUCAGCCACCAGCUGAUCACUUUGCAGCAAUGUAGGUGUUGCCAUGAGGAUCGGGAGGUGUCCUGUCUGCUUUGCUGUUUCUCUUUUGGUCCUGCUGGGUAAACACCAGAGAGAGCCCACUAUGUGGGCAGAACACACGUUUUUAAGAGAGCUGUCAAGUCAGUUGCUGUACAUACAUGCAUCUUUGUAAAAGUUCUUCAAGUCCAGGGGCACUGCGUGGAUGUAAGAACUGUUACAUUUGUUGGUUUAGACCCUACUUUUCAAGAGAUGAUGCUCCGGCGAGGAUUUCUUGUAUUUGUCCCUCGACUUGUAGGCCUGCUGGUGGUGGCCUGUUGCUCUGUGUCCAUCGUUUAUAUGUUGGCUUGCACACCCAAGGGUGAUACUGAGCAGCUCGCCUUGCCCAGGGUGCACAGUCCGACAGCAAAGGAGGGAUAUGAAGCUAUUCUGCAGGAGCGAGAAGAGCAGCACCACAACUACAUCAUCAGCUUGAAGAAACAAAUUGCCCAGCUGAAGGCUGAGCUUCAGGGCAAGAGCGAGCAGCUUAAGAGCAUGCAGGAGCAGAACCCAGAUCCUUUGGACGUUCGUCUUGACCACAGUAACCCAGAGAAGGUCCAGGUUAAUCUGCUGGCGUUCCUCCGUGCCCAAAUAGACAAAGCAGAGGUGCACAGUGGUGUUAAGCUGUCCACAGAGUAUGCAGCUGUACCCUUUGAGAGCUUUACCCUACAGAAGGUGUACCAGCUGGAGACAGGGCUGACACGCCACCCAGAAGAGAAACCUGUGAGGAAGGAUAAGCGAGAUGAGCUGGUAGAGGUGAUCGAGUUAGCUGUUGGGAAUUUGAACAGUCUGGAGGGAGACAGCAAUACAAAGCACCGUGUGUAUGCAACUUCUGACUUCGUUGAAGGGAUCUACCGCACAGAAAAAGACAAAGGCACGUUGUAUGAGCUGACUUUUAAAGGGGACACAAAGCAUCAGUUCAAGAAGGUUGUUCUAUUUCGGCCAUUUGGUCCAGUAAUGAAAGUGAAAAAUGAAAAUGUCAAUAUGGCUGACACACUUAUUAAUGUCAUUGUGCCAUUGGCCAAGAGAGCCAGCAAGUUUCGUCAGUUCAUGCAGAAUUUCAGGGAAAUGGGCAUUCAGCAGGAUGGGAGAAUUCACCUCACAGUAGUUUACUUUGGAAAAGAACAAGUGAAUGAGGUCAAAUCUAUACUUGAAAAUACCUCCAAAGCAACCAAUUUCAAGAACUUCACUUUCAUCCAACUGAAUGAAGAGUUUUCCAGGGGCAAAGGAUUAGACAUUGGUGCUCGAGUUUGGAAAGGAAGUAAUGUUGUUCUUUUUUUUUGCGAUGUGGACAUAUACUUCACAGCUGAAUUCCUGAACUCCUGUAGAUUGAACACACAGCCAGGAAAGAAAGUUUUUUAUCCUGUACUCUUCAGCCAAUAUAAUCCCAGUAUAAUUUAUGGCCAUCAAGAUUCCAUCCCAUCUUUAGAACAGCAGCUGAUUAUUAAAAAAGAAACUGGAUUUUGGAGAGACUUUGGUUUUGGAAUGACUUGCCAGUACAGAUCUGAUUUUAUCAACAUAGGUGGCUUUGAUCUGGACAUUAAAGGCUGGGGUGGUGAAGAUGUACAUCUGUACCGCAAAUACCUUCACAGCAAUCUCAUCGUGAUCAGAACACCUGUCAGGGGUCUCUUCCAUCUCUGGCAUGAAAAACAAUGUCUGGACGAGCUGACCCCAGAGCAGUACAAAAUGUGCAUGCAAUCCAAAGCCAUGAACGAGGCUUCUCACGGCCAGCUAGGGAUGCUUGUUUUCAGACAAGAGAUUGAAACUCACCUCCACAGACAGAAACUGAGCAGUAAGAAGACCUGAAGCCAGAAAUUUGCUAACAAAAGAUGGGUUAAGACUGAAAGAGAAUGGAGAUUUCAACAGGCUGGCAGCGAAAGCAGAUGAGGGAAAGUGCUUGUCCUCACUUCUUCUGAUUUUUCUUAAUAGGGCUUUUAAAUUCUCCAUUAGCCUGUCCAGCACUUGCUUCCAGGGGAGACUUGAACACUUGAUGAGAUUAAAGGUAAUGGAGACAACGAACAUUUCAUAAAUACCAGUGUGAUACAGUAACAAAGGAUAUGCUCUUCCAUUGGAAUGUUUGUAAGAUGCAUGCAGUUGUUUAAAAGAUUGACCCUUCGGUGGAUCAAUAAUAACGGGCUACCUUCUGUGUAUCUAAAAUGGGCUGCGUUGAAAAAAUAUAGAGUUCCUGCUCUGAAAAGGAAAUCUGGUUGUUAACAGUGGCUAAGCUGGAGUGACCAAAAAUCUUUUUUCCUUUCUGGGACUUGGGUGGGGGGACGGCUGCAGUGUACUUACAGGAUUAUUCACCAGUUGAUUCAGUGAAAGAGGCAUCUCAGUGCUUUCUAAAAUUCAGAAAGAGAAAGCCCUGCCAGUCAACUGUGAUUUUUCCAGAACAUGUGAGGUUAGUGUUGAUUCCAUUUUGUGGACAGUAAACCAAAAGCAGUCGGCUGUGUCUGUAUCACGUGAAUCAGAUGGUGUAUUUCUGUUCUAGAAUACUGUAUCUCAAUAUUCUUUUUUUUUUUUUAAUGGAUUUGGUUUUGCCUGGGAAUUAUGUUGUCAGUACUUUUAGUUUUCAAAUUCUAGCCUUACUAGGAAACAGUACAACCUUCCAACACUUGGAAAGUGCUCUGCAGAUCUGUUUUUCCUGGAUGGGAACUUGGUUCAGGUAAAUGAAGUGAUUUUGCUAUAGAAUCUGUGUGCUGGAAGGAGGAAGCUUUCUGCUGGAGAAGAGGAAACGUAUUUCAACUUGAAUUUAACAGGAAACUUCAAAUUCUGAAUGCCAGUUACAAAAAUUAAUGACAAUUUUCUGACUUUAUACCAAAGUAUUCCUUCUAAACCAAAUCUAGAACCUCGCCCAGGGCAUAGCAGCUUUUUGUAAUUAACAAAAUAAAAAUUUUUGAUGAAUUACCAAA